CCCGCCCCUUCCUCCGCCUCUCUCUCUUCUCUCCUCCCAUGGCGGAACCCUUUCCUGAACGGCGCUCGCCGUGUCCUUGAACGGAUAGAUAUCGAAUCCUCCCCUCUUCAAUCUUUCUUCCUUCCUCCGUUUCAAAACAAUCCCUAGAACCCUACCUCAAAUCCCUCCGCUAGGGUUCUUGACCUCGAUUGAUGCUGCGCGAUGUCGUUGAUCGUGCCCAGGACCGAGACUGUUCAGAUCCGCGAGGUCUGGACCCAAAACCUCGAGUCGGAGUUCUCUCUGAUCCGCGAGAUCGUCGACGACUUUCCCUACGUUGCCAUGGACACUGAGUUCCCCGGCAUCGUCUGCCGCCCGCUCGGGAGUUUCCUCUCCAACUCCGAAUUCAAUUAUGCUACGCUUAAGGCCAACGUCGACAUGCUUAAACUCAUCCAGCUCGGCCUCACGUUCUCCGACGACCUCGGCAACCUCCCCACCUGUGGCACGGACCGUGGAUGUAUCUGGCAGUUCAAUUUUCGCGAGUUUGAUGUGCAGCGUGACAUCUCUGCCUCUGAUUCCAUCAAUCUCCUUCGCGUGAGCGGCAUCGACUUCGAGAAGAAUGUCGAGGAGGGCGUCGACGCUCAGAGGUUCGCCGAACUUCUUAUGUCGUCUGGCGUCGUGCUGAAUGACUCCGUGCACUGGGUAACCUUCCACAGCGGAUACGACUUUGGAUACCUCCUUAAGAUUCUCACCUGCCAGAACCUCCCUGACACCCAGGUUGGAUUCUUCAAGUUCAUUAAGAUCUACUUCCCAACCGUGUAUGACAUCAAGCACCUCAUGAAAUUCUGCAAUAGCCUCCAUGGUGGACUUAACAAGCUUGCUGAAUUGCUCGAGGUCCAGAGGGUAGGAAUAUGCCACCAGGCUGGCUCAGACAGCUUGCUCACCUCCUGCGCCUUUAGAAAAUUGAAGGAGUCUUUCUUUAAUGGUUCCACUGAGAAAUAUGCAGGGGUAUUGUAUGGGCUAGGCGUUGAGAAUGGACAUAUGGCUCAUUGAGCCAGUAAGCAAUAAAAAUAACUAAAUUAUUAUGAA